AUUAGGCUUACACUGUCGCUGUCCCUCCCGAGUGCGUUACGCCAAGUCCCAAGCCAGGCGACCGUGGCAUCCAUUCUUGCAAUAAUGAACCAUCUAUGUUUGCCAAGCAAGCCAGGCGACGCUUUUCCGAGGUGCUCUAUUUCUAGGUCAGCGGCUGAAUUUGCGCGAACUUCGAUGCUAGAGGGGGAAAGCCUCGGUGAACAAAGCAGGGUCGGAAUGCUGGUCAUUGUCUGCAUAGUGUCGCCCUGCUGAAGGAGCGAAGGCAGUGCUUUUGUUUCGAGAAGUCGCCUAGGGGCUCCUCUCAUAUACCUCUGCCGUUGCUAAGGGGCCUUCUUCCUCCGUAUUCUCUCUUCCCCAAUCCUGGCGACUUCCUCCUUGACCUUCAUCUUUCUUUUCUAGCAAGAUGUUCUCCGUCAAGCUGAUCGCCUCGCUGGCCAUGAUGGUCUCAGCUGUCGCUGCACAGGGUGAUCCGGAAGCUUUGGUUCCGCAGAAUGCCGGAAAGCCUACAAAAAGCUGGACCCAGUGGACGCCCAAGCCAACGUAUGCACUCGAAGACCUUCCCGACCAGUACAUGGGCGGGAGCAACCGUGUGCCCAACCAGACAGAGACGCAGUCGGGCUGGAACAGGUGUGCGCGCAACAAGUGGAACCAGCAAAGCAAGUGCCAGACGGCCUGGCUCAAUUCGCUUGAGGACUGGUGUAUCUGGGGUCCCCCUGACGGUGGCGACAUUGGCUCGACAGAGCGCGUGGCGGUCGCAUACUGCACAACCAACAAGCACGGUACUCGACUGAUCCCCGAUGGCACCAUCAAGGGCGCACAUUUCCUCCAGACUGCCAACUACGUUCAAAUCAGUGGUGUGGGCGACUUCACGACCAUUGGCAUUCCCGAUGGUGACGCUGGCGGCGAGAUGGACCCUCACGGGGCAGAUGAUCUCAGCAACCCAAUCGGUGGAGUCUUGUUCACCACGGCGAACCCUGCUUCCAAUGGCGAGUCAUGGUUUGUCUCGGAAUGGACUAACUUCAUGUCUUAUAAUCAAUUCUGCAUGCGCGCGUGCUGGGGAAAUAACGCAGCCAAGCACUGCGAGCACAUCUACGACGUCAUGGGCUGUCGAUGGAAUAUGCCCUCCGAGCGAGGCUACACGGCCGACGUGUUCGAGUCGUGCGAGGGUGAAGUUGCGCCCUUCCAAGGAAUCUACGGCGACUCCACCUUCAGGCAAGGAGAGGCAGUAACGCCUGAAGCUCAUCCGCCUGCUCCUUCGUCCAAUUGCCAGCCCAUUUCGACGAUCAGCCACGGUCUUCUCAUUGCAACGUCUUCGUCUUCGUCUACCCCUUCGUCCUUUGCCACGUCGACGGCAACUGCCACUUCGUCUGGUGGCCAAGGUGGCGGUGCCACGACUACCCCGGGCUCUGCUGCCACCUCGCAGGGCGCCACAAGCGGUGCAGGGUCGCUCUCUAUUGCUCCUCUCUCCGCCAUUGCUGCCAUUGUCCUCGGGGCUUUCCUGCUCUGAGCUAUCGGCCUCUCCACACUCUCUAAAGGACAAUCCAACCACUCGAAUUUACAUUUCUCGUAGCUCACGGUCGUCGUUUGCUUGCUUACUUCCCCUGCUUCCUGACCUGGAUCAUGCCUAGCAUCACC